UCACCAUCUUGUUGCCUUCUCUCCUGGAGACGCCGCCGAGGGUUACUAAGGCGGGUGACGUCAGACGCACACUUACGCACAAUCCUUAAACUCAAGCUGCAUUCAGGGACUGUCUGUGAACGUAUAAGAAGUAAACGUAACCACGUGUCCGGAAGUCUCCGGCAGCACCCGUCCUAGCUAGCGAUUGGAGGACGCUAUGCCACGUGCACACUGCUCGCCCGUAGAGCAUGCGAGAUUCACCUGACAGGUGGGGUUGUCCGGCGCUGGUCCCGGCUCGCUCAGACGCUGCAGAUUCUCUGAACCACGAUGGCUUCCAGCUCAUUCGACAUCGAUGCGCCACGAUGGGACCAGACUACAUUUAUGGGCCGACUCAAACACUUCUUCAACAUCACUGACCCCAGAACAGUGGUCCUGCCCGACUCCCGCUUGGAUGAGGCCAAAGCUUUAGUCGAGAGCUGCAGGGCAGGAUCCAUCCCUCCCGGCACCACAGAGGAGCAGCUCCACUACGCCAAGAAGCUGUACGACUCCGCCUUUCACCCGGACACAGGGGACCGCAUGAACCUCAUCGGCCGCAUGUCCUUCCAGGUCCCUGGAGGCAUGGCCAUCACCGGCUUCAUGCUGCAGUUCUACAGGACCGUUCCUGCUGUGGUGUUCUGGCAGUGGGUGAAUCAGUCCUUCAACGCUCUCGUCAACUACACGAACCGCAACGCCGCCUCCCCCAUCACCCCAAAGCAGAUUGGAGUGGCCUACGUCACUGCAACUAGCACCGCGCUGGCGACCGCGGUCGGACUCAACCUCUACACAAAGAAAGCGCCUCCUCUCGUGGCUCGCUGGGUCCCGUUCGCAGCCGUGGCAGCAGCCAACUGUGUGAACAUUCCUAUGAUGAGGCAACAGGAAAUUCUGAACGGCAUCGCUGUCACAGAUGAGGAUGGCAACAAACUGGGCCACUCCAGGAAAGCGGCCGUGAAAGGCAUCACGCAGGUGGUCGUCUCCCGCGUUACGAUGGCGGCUCCAGGAAUGAUCAUUCUACCCGUCGUCAUGCAGAGGAUGGAAAAGCUCAGGUUCAUGCAGAGAAUCACUUUUCUCCAUGGGCCGAUUCAAGUUAUGAUGGCAGGAGCGUUCUUGAUCUUCAUGGUUCCGGCUGCCUGCUCCCUGUUCCCUCAGCAAUGCUCCAUGGCCGUGUCGAAGCUGGAGCCGGAGCUGAGGGACGCCAUCGCGUCUCAGUACGGGAGCAGCGUUCAACGCGUCUACUUCAACAAAGGCCUCUGAGGCUGCGACGCCCCAUCGGCACGUGUUUGACACCAGACGGGCUCUUUCAUGUUCCUUCACCCUCCACCAGUCUGUGCCUGGGUGAAGCUUGUGGGGGUUUUAAUUUCAUCUUACUUUUUUUUUAAUCUGACUCUGUUUUUGUAGGUGACCUGUGCCUGUUACUUUACACUUUACAGUUGAAGAGGGACCUGUAAGCAGAAACCAAAUGAUCUCACCUCAGGAACGCAACAUUACUUUUCCACUUUAACUUGAAUCUGUGGGUUUGUCCUUUAUGGUCGACUUGUUUUCUUUGGCUGAUCACCGUUGGUGUUGGAAAAAGCUCCUUCUGUUUGUUGAGCCUCGUUAAAAUCUGUGCCUUUCACCAAGUUGGAGGAGGAACGACGCUGCCGGACUUAGUUUUUAAAAACAUUAGUGUUUAUGCAAAUGUAAAAGCUGAAGAGGUCACUGAACGUGUGGGAGUGUGAAGAUGCUGCCCUCUUCUGUCAGGACGCGGAUGAAAGGGUGCAUGAGAGUUUGACACGUGAAUCAUUUGUGUAAACUUUGAGUAUUAGCUGGAAUAAAACUAGACCUGUUGGUAA